CCACUCCUCUCUCUUUCUCUUUUACUCUUGCCCUCGCUCUUCUCUCUCUCUCCCAUCCCUAAACCAAGUACAGGGAUAGCUGUCUCAUUGUUAGUGACUUAAAAUGAUGCUUUUGAGCAAGAAGAUGCUGGGUGCUUUUGGUGACUAAUACCAUCCCCACCUUUUUCUUUUCAACUCCUAAGCUAUUGUUUACCAGCACAUUCUUUUCUUCCCAUUGCCACUAAAGCAGCAUGUUCUUUGAAGGGAAAGCAUAAUUGCUUUCUUUUCUAGGUCCUUAAACCCUUUGCUAAUGUUUCUGUCUGUGAGCUCCCGAAGCCAAAGCUGAAGCCGGGGUUCUAGGAGAGUUCGGCGCGUCUGAACAGCUGACCCAUGAAAUCAUGGAGUAAGGCAGGAGAGGCUUUGCCAAACCAGUUCACCCAGGUUGUCUCAUCUACUACCCCCCAAAUCCUCAAGAGGCUGGAGCUGCCAGCCACUUUUAGGUGCUGCACUGCCCGGAGGCCUGGGCCAUGCCUGGGAGUGAGGAAAGCUCUGGAAGCUCAUCUGGAGGAAGAAGCAUGCAGGGAACCCCCAGACGAGGCCUGGGCCCCAGACCACCUCCUGUGAACAAGUGGACACUCUUGCUCUGCAGCUUUAUCCUGGCAGCGGCUUGGGGCCAAAUGAAUUUCACAGGAGACCAGGUUCUUCGCAUCCUGGCCAAAGAUGAGAAGCAGCUGUCACUUCUCAGGGAUCUGGAGUCCCUCAAACCCCAGAAGGUGGACUUCUGGCGUGGCCCAGCCAGACCCAGCCUUCCUGUGGACAUGAGAGUUCCUUUUUCUGAACUGGAUGACAUCAAAGCUUACUUGGAGUCUCAUGGCCUUGCUUACAGCGUUAUGAUUAAGAAUGUCCAGGUGCUGCUGGAUGAGGAGAGAGAAGCCAUGGCAAAGGCUCGCCGGCUGGAGCGCAGCACCAGUAGCUUCAGCUACUCCUCUUACCACACCCUGGAGGAGAUCUACAGCUGGAUCGACAACUUUGUAACUGAGCAUUCAGAUAUCGUCUCCAAAAUUCACAUUGGCCACAGCUUUGAAAACCGGUCCAUUCUUGUCCUGAAGUUCAGCACUGGAGGCUCUCAGCGCCCGGCCAUCUGGAUCGACACUGGGAUUCACUCCCGGGAGUGGAUCACUCAUGCCACUGGCAUCUGGACUGCCAAGAAGAUUGUCAGCGAGUAUGGCAAAGACGGCAUCUUGACAAACAUACUGAAGGCCAUGGACAUCUUCAUAGAGCUCGUCACCAACCCUGAUGGGUUCGCUUUCACCCACAGCAUGAACCGUUUGUGGCGGAAGAACAAGUCUAUCAGACCAGGAGUCUUCUGCAUUGGCGUGGAUCUCAACAGGAACUGGAAAUCAGGCUUUGGAGGAAAUGGCUCUCACAGCAACCCCUGCUCAGAGACAUACCAUGGGCCGUCACCUCAGUCAGAGCCAGAGGUGGCCGCCAUUGUGGACUUUAUCACAGGCCAUGGGAACUUCAAGGCUCUGAUCUCCAUCCACAGCUACUCUCAGAUGCUCAUGUAUCCAUAUGGCCACUCUGUGGAACCUAUUUCAAACCAAAAGGAACUGUACAGUCUUGCCGAGGAUGCAGUGAAGGCUCUGUAUGAGGUGCAUGGGAUCAAGUACAUUUUUGGCAGCAUCAGUACCACCCUCUAUGUAGCCAGUGGAGUCACCGUGGACUGGGCCUAUGACAAUGGCAUCAAGUAUGCCUUUACAUUUGAGCUCCGGGACACAGGGCACUAUGGCUUCCUGCUGCCAGCUACACAGAUCAUCCCCACGGCUCAGGAGACGUGGAUGGCGAUCCGGACCAUAAUGGAGCACACCCUGAAUCACCCCUACUAGCAAUACUACUGAGAGUACAGCAGGCAAAACCUGCCUCCUCCCCAAGGCCUAGGGCUCCUCCUAAAACCCAGGUUAUGCAUCCCCUCCCCACACCUUUGCCCAGACUGCAGAGAAAUAAAUAUAAGUUUGAACAGG